UUAAACGGGCUUUUACAAAAAUCUAAAUAAAAAAACACUGAUUAUUAGUUAUUACUCUACUGAAUUCUUUAUCUUUCUUCAUAUUUUUCUUAAUUGAAAAAAAGAGGAAAAGAAAAAAAAAAAGAUCAAUUUCAAUAUAUACAAACUGGCGUCACUUUUUCAUCUUCUGUGUUUCAGCCAAACCCGAAGUGGUUUUUUAAACGCACUUCGAAAAAAAGUUGAAAUCCCGAAUCUUCACAAAUUCGGAAAAUCGCUUAAUUUCGAAGUGUCUUCACUUCUUAUUACCGAUAUGUGUCACCGGAAAGUCCUCGCUUCCCUCGCUGUAUCAUCGGUUCCUCUUUCUCCACGACAAAGUCGUGCUGUUAUUACGAGAUCAGUAUGGAGUUCCAAUCUUGAUCAAGAAUUCAGAUUGCUUCGAUCCGUGAUUGAUCUUUAUCCUCUCAUUUCUAUGGACACUGAAUUUCCCGGUGUUGUUAUCGGUUCUGAUCCCGGCGAUCCAUUUCGGGACGGUGCUGACACUCUCUACUCUGUUCUGAAAGCCAAUGUGGACCGGUUGCAUCUGAUACAGAUUGGGCUUACUCUAUCUGAUCAUACAGGUGAUCUUCCAAAUUUAGGCACUGAUCAAUUAUUUAUUUGGGAGUUUAAUUUCAAAGACUUUGACGUUGUUCGAGAUGAUUUUGCAUUGGACUCUAUUGAGUUGUUGAGGCAUCAAGGGAUUAAUUUUGAGAAGAAUAGAAAGUUUGGAAUUGACUCGUUUAGGUUCGCUGAGUUGAUGAUGUCUUCGGGUCUUGUAUGCGAUCCGAAUGUUAAUUGGGUGACAUUUCAUAGUGCAUAUGAUUUCGGAUAUCUUGUAAAGUUGCUGACACAUCGGGACUUGCCUGAGGAUUUAGACGAGUUCCUCCGUGUUGUGAUGGUGUUUUUUGGAGAUAAGGUGUUUGAUGUUAAGCAUUUGUUGAAAUUCUGCUCCAACUUGCAUGGUGGGUUGGAGGGGAUUUGCCGGUCAAUGAAGGUGGAUCGGCUUAUAGGGAAAAGUCAUCAGGCGGGCUCUGAUAGUUUGCUUACGUUACACGCUUUUCAGAAUAUCAUAGAGCUUUACUUUGAAAAGGCGGAGGGGUUUGUCAAAUACGGCGGUGUAUUGUAUGGAUUAGAAGUUCGUUACAACAACAACAAAGCCUUAUCCCAAACGGUGUAUUGUAUGAAUUAGAAGUUUGCUGCAACAACAAAGGCUUCGCUACAACAACAACAAAGCCUUAUUCCAUGAAGUUUGUUAAUAAUUUGAAUUUUACAUUGUCAUGAAACCAAGAUAAAUGUCAGUUUUCUAUUGUUUUUUUCCUUUUCUACCCUCAAUAGUGUCAAAACAUGGCUUAUCAUUAUCAUUAGGUAAAUUUAAUUCUGUGUUCAAAUACAUUUGCAUCUCAUCUUCAUAACUGUAGUGUAGUAUAAUAGGAUGGAGUCAAUGCAUUAUUUCUUUAGGGUAUGUUUAGAUUGAUGGUAUGUGAUGGAAUAAAGUGGUAAAUAGUGUGAUUUCAUUGUUUGGAUUUGUAAAUAAUAGAUGGAAUUGAGU